UUCACGCCCAUUAUAAAAUUUGUCACUGACCAAAAGAUAUUUUUGCAUGAGCAAAAAUUAUGCGUGCAUUUAUAAUUAUGAAUAUUUUACACUAGUAAGGCUAGCUUAACCGGUUCAAUCAACUUCCAAAUCUAGCGUAUUAUGAAUUCUUCAUUGAGAAUUUGCAUUUUUAACUAUUUUAUUGUUACCGAAUAUAAAAACAUGAGGAAUUGCCCAUUUCAAAUCACUCAAGUCUUUGGUUUUCUCUAGCUAGCAUCCAAUCACAAAAAAACACAAACUCAACAUGAAAUUCGUCAUUGUUUUCGUUGCUCUUUUCGGUUUGGCUUUGGCCGCUCCACCACAAGAUUCCAAGGAUGCUGUUGUCACCCGUCAGGAUGCUGAUGUAGGACCCGAAAGCUACCAAUACAAUGUUGAAACCAGUGAUGGCAAAUCUGCUAGCGAAGAAGGUCACAUUGAAAAUCUUGGCAAGGAAGAUGAAGCUAUCUCAGUUAAGGGUCAAUUCAGCUACAUCGGUGAAGAUGGUGUCACCUACCAAGUCAACUACAUUGCCGACAAGAACGGUUUCCAACCCCAAGGUGCUCAUUUGCCAGUUGAACCAAAAUUGUAAGCUGUAAUUCACUCCUUGUGAUAUAUUAAACCUGCCUUUACCUGUCUUUUUAUUGUGAACUUCAUAUCUGCCACUGAGAGAAA